AUAACUAUAUAAUCUGCGUCUAGAACUUGACCUUUUGCGGCAUCACGCCACUUCGAAACUUAUCUGUAUUACGCCACCUUCAAAAAGAUCCGAAGUGAAUCUUUAAUUCAAGGUAAGAAAAAAAGAUUUUUCUAAUAGCGAUAAGGGUUAUCUUUAAGAAUUAUUGUCUUAUAAUCUUGUAAUCUGUCGAAUUUUCAAUUCCCUUCUUGAUACCAUAUUCGUCUCACGUGUGUUAAUAAAUUAUAUAAUCUGUGACUGUAUAAAAGACGCUUUUAAUAAGGUAAUAUUUCUGUAAGGGUAUUAAAACGAUGGUAAUAUUUAAUACAAAAAAAGAAAACGACAUUAAAGAGAAAAAUUGACUACGUGUAACAAUAUGUACUUAGACAUUAGUUUGUUGAAUGUCUGAAGUAUUUCAUCAUCUAUAUGUUAACGUAUAUUAUUUCGAAACAACUAUAACUUGAAUGUCUUCUCUUUAUAGUUAGAAAAUGCCUCCCCGAAAUUUGGAAAAAUGUGUCUACGUGACAGAAGCUGAUCAGAAAGAUGAAUUGGAAGCUGUAAUAGAACAAAAUCAACCAGCUAAACAACCUCCAACCAAAAUUGUUUGGCGAAACGUAAUUUGGAUGAUAUAUUUGCAUAUAGCCGCCCUUUAUGGAGUUUAUUUAAUGUACUACUGCAAAUGGCAAAGUUGGAUUUGGUUUGCCGUCACAUAUGGUAUGUCCGGUCUUGGAAUAACCGCAGGAGCUCACAGAUUAUGGGCACAUAGAUCUUACAAAGCUAAACUUCCUUUGAGAAUUGUUCUUGCAAUAUGGAAUACAAUGGCCUUCCAAAAUGAUGUCAUUGAAUGGUCUCGUGAUCACCGCGUUCAUCACAAAUAUUCUGAAACGGAUGCUGAUCCCCAUAACGCAAACCGAGGUUUCUUUUUUUCUCAUGUUGGAUGGCUAUUGGUCAGAAAGCAUCCAGAGGUUAGGGCUAAAGGAAAAAGAGUUAAUAUUGAUGAUCUGCUAGCCGAUCCUGUCCUUGUAUUUCAAAGGAAAGUAUACCUUCCAGCCAUGAUUUUUACCUGUUUCUUCUUUCCAUCUCUUGUUGCUUGGUACUUUUGGGGUGAAUCUUGGUGGACAGCAUUCUUCACCGUUGGAAUUCUUCGUUAUACUCUUGUGUUGAAUGCAACUUGGGCAGUUAAUUCGGUUGCUCAUAUGUUUGGUAACAAGCCCUAUGAUCGCGAAAUUAGCCCAGUCGAAACUCUAAGUGUUGCUGUAGCUGCUUUGGGAGAAGGUUAUCAUAAUUACCAUCACACAUUUCCCCAAGAUUAUUCUGCAUCGGAAUUUGGUUGGGGAAGAAAUUGUACAACAGCGUUUAUUGACUUUUGCGCUUGGAUUGGACAGGCAUACGGAAUGAAAAAAAUUAGUCCAGAAAUGAUUAAAAGACGAAUGGAAAGAACAGGAGACGGAUCUACAGGUUUUGGAUAUACGAAUCCUCCGAAAAAACUUGAUUAA